AGGGUUUCGAGUUUCGACAGCACAACCCUGAAUAAUCGAAUAUUAGAGAAAAAAGAAAAUUGGAAGAACAAGCUUGCAGGUAGAGCAAAGAGAUGCGAGCGCUCGAGGAAUCUGAAAUCAAGCACAGAUCCUCAUGUAGAAGGCAGUAACAGAAGCACCGAAAAUGGGAGAAAUAAUGACUGUGUACCAAGUACAAAACCUAGGUCAAUUGGCUCGAAAGGAACUCCUUGCUCUCGUUCUCGCGACGAUUCUCCCUUAAAAGGAAAACGAGCUCGAGGUUUGACAGAGGAGGCGAACAACCCUCAUAUAAUCCGUCUGGAAAUCGAGAAGGUGCUCACAAAUACUGUUUGCGUGGGGAAGAAGCCGAGCGAAGUUGGGAAAAAUAUAUCUCUCCGUUCUAAU